CAUCGACAGAUCGAGAAAAUUCCCUCUCGGUUCAGUAGAAAUUGUGUUCUUUGUAUUCGUCGAGAGUUCUGAAUCAAAACAGAGAGGAAGUAAUGGCGGCGGAGGAAGAAAGCGGAGAGUUUUACCUGCGUUACUACGUGGGUCACAAAGGGAAAUUCGGGCACGAGUUUUUGGAGUUCGAGUUCAGGCCAGACGGUAAGCUCCGUUAUGCUAACAAUUCCAACUACAAAAACGACACCAUGAUCCGUAAAGAGGUCUUCCUUACCCCCGCCGUUCUUAAGGAGUGCCGCCGCAUCAUCUCCGAGAGCGAGAUAAUGAAAGAAGAUGAUAACAAUUGGCCAGAGCCUGACCGUGUUGGACGGCAGGAGCUCGAGAUUGUGAUGGGGAACGAGCAUAUCUCCUUCACGACUUCAAAGAUUGGGUCCCUUGUCGAUGUUCAGAGCAGUAAGGAUCCUGAAGGUCUUCGCAUAUUUUAUUAUCUUGUUCAGGACUUGAAGUGCUUUGUUUUCUCUCUUAUUUCACUCCACUUCAAGAUCAAACCUAUUUGAAGAAUGAAUGAUGAUAUUUAAAAACCCUCUGCCAUGGAGAUGAUCGGUAUUUCUGCUUUUCAAUAUAAACUUCCAUUUCCGUUUUACGUACGUUCUCAUCGCGAUCCUUAAAAUGGAUGGAUGAGCGUCUAUUGUAUGGUUGUGUUGUUUUGAGUGAUUUUGUUGGAAGUACAUGGUAUCACUAUGUUCUGUUAUGAAAGCUUUUAUUAAUGUACUUGUUUGGUUUUUCGUG